GCUGCUCGGCCGGUGCCUCCCAGGCUCUCCACAGCUCCGGUGCCUGCAGGAGCCCCCGCCGGCCCCCAGCUGUCUCCGCCGCCACCCCCCAGGCCCCGGACAGGAUGCAGGCCAUCAAGUGUGUGGUGGUGGGCGAUGGAGCCGUGGGGAAGACCUGCCUUCUUAUCAGCUACACCACCAACGCCUUCCCGGGAGAGUACAUCCCCACCGUGUUUGACAACUACUCAGCCAACGUGAUGGUGGACAGCAAGCCUGUGAACCUGGGGCUGUGGGAUACGGCCGGCCAAGAGGACUACGACCGCCUGCGGCCGCUCUCCUACCCCCAGACGGAUGUCUUCCUCAUCUGCUUCUCCCUUGUCAGCCCAGCCUCCUAUGAGAACGUCCGUGCCAAGUGGUACCCCGAGGUGCGGCACCACUGCCCCAGCACGCCCAUCAUCCUGGUGGGCACCAAGCUGGACCUGCGCGACGACAAGGACACGAUCGAGAAGCUGAAGGAGAAGAAGCUGGCUCCCAUCACCUACCCGCAGGGGCUGGCGCUGGCCAAGGAGAUCGACUCGGUGAAAUACCUGGAGUGCUCGGCCCUCACCCAGAGGGGCCUCAAAACCGUCUUCGACGAGGCCAUCCGGGCCGUGCUGUGCCCCCAGCCCACGCGGCAGCAGAAGCGCCCCUGCAGCGUCCUGUAGGACUGCGCCCAGCCCCGCCCCAGCUGGUCCUGACCCUCCCAGGGCCCCCAGCGAAGCCUGGCCGCGCCGUUCUCUCCUCGGACGUCUUAGCAGAUGGCUGCAGAGCUUGGCCGACCUGACCGUCCUCUCUCGCCAGACGCUCCCUGGGGCUCUGCGUCCCCGUCCCCCCUGCUCCCUCCUUCCCAGGGGCCAGAGGGAGCCCCAGGCCCGCGCAGCUGCCCCCGCGUCUCUGCGGUCAGGGCCAGCUGCCGCGCAGGGCAGCACCUGCCCACUUCCUCCGUUCCUGAUGCCUGGAAACCUGGGGCCCUGGCUGCCGGCCUCCACUUGUCCCCUUGAGGGACCAGGCACUUGCUGUCCCCUGAGCGGUCUGCUGUGAUGCCGAUGAGCCCCCUCGCCUGGCCUUUCUCUACCGAGCGAAAGCCAAUGGCUCCCAAGCCUGCUCCCCCUGUCUUAGUUCUCCCUGUUUUUGGACAACAUAAGGCAAAUCAAGUCUCCCAGCCCCCAGAGGUGUCGCCCACCGACCCCGCGCGUUGGGGGUCAGGCUUCAGUGGACCCCUGCCCUCGCCCCCGACGACCCCCAGCGGCCUGCGCCUGUGAGAGUCUUCAGCGUUCACGCCCUCCCAGGCAGGACUUUGGCUAGUACCAAUUCAAGCUGCUUAAGCAGGAA